CUUUCACUCACACAUUCACAGGCUUCUCGUCUCUUCUCCCUUUUCUGUACAUUUAGGGUUUUAUUUAUUUUUCGCCAUUGUCGUUUCAAUUUAAGAGCUCUCAUGUUCGUGCAUUAACAGCUUCAACUCAUAUAUUAUAUAUAGAGUGUUACAAAGCUGAUCAAAUGGAUGCAUCAGUGGCUUUGAUGAUUCUAUCAGCCGUGGUGGUUUAUUUAGUAUGGUUCAAGUUCAUCGCACGGUCGCUCAAUGGACCACGUGUCUGGCCUUUAUUGGGCAGCCUUCCGGGGCUCAUUGAGAACUCCAAUUGUAUGCAUGAGUGGAUUGCCGACAACCUACGCGCGUGCGGCGGCACGUACCAGACGUGCAUCGCUGCGAUUCCGUUUUUGGCUCGGAAGCAAGGUCUCGUGACCGUCACGUGCGAUCCGAAUAACUUGGAGCAUAUUUUGAAGGGCCGGUUCGAUAAUUAUCCCAAGGGGCCGUUUUGGCAGGCUGUGUUUCAUGAUUUGCUUGGUGAUGGGAUCUUUAAUUCUGAUGGUGACACGUGGCUGUUCCAGCGUAAGACUGCCGCGUUGGAGUUUACCACCAGGACGCUUCGCCAAGCCAUGUCACGGUGGGUUAACCGGGCCAUCAAGCAGCGGUUUUGGCCGAUUCUUGAGACGGCUCAGCUCCAAGGGAAGCCGGUUGAUUUUCAGGACCUGUUGCUUCGGCUCACUUUCGAUAACAUAUGUGGCUUGACAUUUGGCAAGGAUCCUCAAACGGCAUCUCCAGGGCUUCCCGAGAACGGCUUCGCAACGGCUUUUGAUCGAGCCACAGAAGCCACGCUCCAACGAUUUAUUUUGCCCGAAAUCAUAUGGAAGCUGAAAAAAUGGUUGGGGCUUGGAAUGGAAGUGAAGCUGAGCCGAAGCCUCGACCACAUGGAUAAAUUCUUAUCCGAAAUCAUUAAUACACGCAAGCUUGAAUUGCUGAGUCGGCAUCAAGGUGAGAUCCCACACGACGACUUGCUGUCCCGUUUCAUGAAAAAAAAGGAAUCCUACUCAGAUGAAUUCCUUAGACACGUGGCAUUAAACUUUAUUUUAGCUGGACGUGACACUACUUCGGUCGCACUAUGCUGGUUCUUCUGGCUAGUCAGUCAAAAUUCAAGGGUGGAAGAAAAGAUCAUCACAGAAAUUACCACCGUUCUGAUGAAGACACGUGGCACUGAUACUUCCAAAUGGGUAAAUGAACCCCUUGUAUUCGAAGAAGUUGACCGAUUAAUAUACCUUAAAGCAGCACUGUCUGAGACAUUAAGACUCUACCCAUCAGUGCCACAAGACUCAAAGCAUGUAAUAGCAGAUGAUGUCUUGCCUAAUGGGACAUUCGUCCCUGCUGGAUCAAACGUGACAUACUCUAUAUAUUCAGCUGGUCGUAUGAAAUUCAUCUGGGGUGAAGAUUGCUUGGAAUUCAAACCAGAAAGAUGGUUAUCCGAAGACGGUAAAAAAUUCGAGCCAAAGGAUUCGUAUAGAUUUGUUACAUUCAACGCCGGACCCCGAAUUUGUUUAGGAAAAGAUUUAGCUUAUCUUCAAAUGAAAUCAAUAGCCGCGGCGGUGUUACUCCAUCAUCGACUUACAGUGGCGGCAGGGCACCGGGUAGAGCAGAAGAUGUCAUUAACGUUGUUCAUGAAAUAUGGGCUUUGCAUGGACGUGCACCCAAGAAACCUCAAACCUGUCCCAGAAAAGAUGCACAAAGCUGACGAAGAAGUGUAUGUUUGAACUAUAUUGGUGAAAAAUUUUGUGAAUAGGAUAUGGUUGAUGAAGGGAUGAUAUAUAGCAUAUUAUUAUAAGCCAUCUAUAGAUGUAAUUUUGCAAGUGAAAUAAUAAUAAAGAAAAACUGAAUGCCAAAUUAUAAGUUAAA